CCUGGACUCCGCUUUCAUUAGCAACUCUUCUUUUAUUUACCUGAAAAAAACUUCACAGCAUCAUGCCGCUAGGUUUAUUUGGAAAUAAAUUCUCGCAAAAAAAAACUCCACCAAGACGUGCACAGUCAUUGUCAAAUCUUCAGUUGGAUGCAACAGAAUCAAAAGCAGAGUUUGGUCUAGAUUAUGGUGCAGUAAAAGUCAGCCUUGGUGGCCAUGAAGUUGCAUUUGAAAAUGGUCAUUGGAUAAAUGAAACAGCUGGAGGUGGUUCUAGCCACAAGGAAGUUAUGAAACUAAGAAAAGCCAAUCAAACGUUGCAUGAAGAAAACAACUUAUUGAAGCUUAAGAUUGACAUCCUGUUAGACAUGCUUGCAGAAACAUCGGCAGUCUCACACUUUCAUGAGAAUGAACUCAAACAGUUGAGAGAAACAAAAUUGUCUAAGAAACGCUGAUUUGGUUAUCUAUUUUUCCCAGCUUUUGUGAGGGAUCUAAGAGAUGUAUACAUGGACAGUUUGCUAGAAAAUUACUGAUAUUUUUAUAAAAUCUAACUUAAAUGACAGUAUAAAGUUGUUUAAAAAUAUUUAGAUGGCAUAAUCUUUAAUACUACAUUACAAAUAUAGUGUUGUUAGUACUGACUCAAACCAAAAUAUAAUCAAACAUGGUUAUGCAAUCAGAGUGAAUCUUGUUUCCUUACAUUUGAUAAUUUAUCUAGGUUUGUAGUGAUACAUUUAGUUUCCAAAAAGUUUUUUAAAAGGGGAACUUUAUUUCUUUACUAUUGUUGAAUGAUGUAUUUUGUGAUUAUUAUGACAACUGCAGAGAAAGGUUUUCAGUGUACAUAUGUAUAUAAUAUUAUAAAUAUCUUUAUAUGUGUAAUAAAGAAUGUUUAUA